AAAAAUUUUAUUCCACUGCAACUUCUCUAUUCAAAUCCUGCGGAAAAGAAAUUCAGAAAAGGAAAAAGAAAAGAAAUCUUUCAAUCUUGAUCUGAAUUUCGGUUUUUUUGUGAAUAAAAAGAAAUUCAAAUGUCGAAUUCGCAGCCGGAUUCGAACGUUUUCAGCGUUCGAAUCGUGUCCAUCGAUCAUUACAUGGCACGGCCCAUCUCCGGCUACGAUACUUGCUAUAGUAGCUUUCAAGGUGAAAGAGUGAAUGAAGUUCCGGUUAUAAGAAUUUAUGGUUCCACACCGGCUGGUCAGAAGACUUGUUUGCAUAUUCAUAGAGCCUUGCCUUAUUUAUAUGUUCCAUUGGUGGAUAUAUUACCUCAGGGCUCUCAUACACACCAAGAAGACCACGCAUGCGCAGAUGCCUUAGCACUUGCCUUAGAAAAAGCCUUGAAGCUUAAAGUUGGUGCUGGUUCAAAACGGCAGCAUGUGCAUGGUUGCAGCCUUGUACGAGCAAAGAAGUUUUAUGGUUAUCGUUCAUCUGAGGAGCUAUUUGUGAAGAUUUAUCUCUACUAUCCACAUGAUGUCUCUCGUGCAGCCAAUCUUCUUUUGGCAGGUGCUGUUCUGGAUAAAAGUUUGCAGCCUCAUGAAUCGCACAUUCCGUUUAUUCUUCAGUUUCUUGUUGAUUAUAACUUGUACGGGAUGGGUCAUCUUCAUUUAUCAAGGAUGAAGUUUCGUAAUCCAAUACCUGAUCUUUCCCAUCCCAGAAAAAUUAAUAAUUGUGGCCAACAUGGGCAGAAGAUGGAUGACUUGACCUUGAAGGCUGCUGGUUUUCAGGCAGAUUCAAGUCGUGAUGUGUGCAUAAAUUCGCCAGUUUGGAUAUCUUCCACGAUUCCAGGUGAAUGGAUGUGGCACGUUUCAGCUGAACUUGAUGUGUCAUCAGAUCAAGACAUUUGCCAUGUUAAACGUCAAAGUUUAUGUGAACUUGAGGGAGAUGCCACCCUAGAUGACAUUCUUAACCAGCAAUUCAAAAUAUAUACAUCUCUAUCCCAAACCUGUUCCGAUGUGAAAAUGGUUCAGUCUCUUAUUCCAAUUUGGGAGGAAGAGUGUGAGAGGACAGGGAUGCAUGAGAUGGCUCUACCUUCUUACCCUGACAGGCCACUUUCAGAAGAUGUUUUGAAAGCUCUCUCACUUGGUGUUGGAUUUGAGGACGAACUAAUGAAAUUGUGCAGCAAAGUUGAAGAAACUUUGUCUCACAAUGAAUUGGGAUUUGAACAGUCAGUCAUACCUUCGGCCAAUGAAGAAAAUUUGGUUGGACCUACACAUAUCAAUUUGAAUCAUACUGUUCCACAAGCUCUGAGUUGCUCGAAAGAACAAAGCCUGCUUGGGUCUCUGUCACAACAUUGUAAGCCAUGUGAAAAAGAGAUGAAUGCUGCCUCAUCUGAAAAAAAAGAUGUUUGUCCUGAACUUUUGUCUGUUGGUGAAAUACUAUCAUCACAAACAGCUACAGAUACCGAAGCUUUGGGGCUGUUAGCAUGGCUUGCCAAUUCUCAUGCUGCUGAUGAUAUAAACUCAGAUGAUGAACUUGUUCGUGAGACUAUAUUGACUCCUUUGUUGCCUGCAACAACCAUUGAUAAGGUGCUAGAGAAAGCCAGUAUCGAUUAUGAGAGUGAGUCACAGAAAGAAUGUCAGGAUAUUCUUGAUUCGGUUGGGGAUUUAAUUGAAUUUGAUGGUCUGAAGGAAAGAAAUUCUCAUUCUUAUGAUCAUAUUCAAAUCUCAUCCGGCAAACAUAUUCCCCAAACAGAUGGUUCCAGUGAUGAUCUAGGUCUAUCACCUUCUGCAGGAUCAGUUGCAAAUUCAUCAAAAGCAGACAUGAAAACUGAAUUGAAGAGGUCCUCCCAGGAUACCAGUAAAACAUUUAGUACCAAGCGCAAAAGAAAAAAACUUUUAUGGGGUUCUUUACCUCUUUCUGUGACUGGGAAGGGGAAGGAUAACUCUGAUAGUGUCAGUUUCAACAUAACUGAAGCAUGUGCUGAUGAAAUUAAAGAAUGUUUAGGCACAAGUUUUUCAGCUGAAAAUGAUUUGGGAAAAGCUUCUGACCCUUUAAAUAAAAAUGCACAUGCCAGUGAUGAUAAACAAGAAGCAGGUAUAUUGGUUGAAUGCACUGUGCGGGACUUGAUGAGAAGAAAGCGAAGCCGCCGAAUUGAACCUGCUGAUUGUGGGUCUGUUAGGAGUGAAAAUGUUCAUUUGAAGAUGGAAAAGGGAAAAGAUAGUUUCUUUUGCCCAAAACAAUUGAAUUUUCAUGGGUCACAUAAUGAGCUUGACAAGAAGGGCCCUGGAUCUCUCAACCAUAGUCCAUCACUUGCCAAUGAACAAAAGGAAUUUCCUGAAGCUGUUGGUUUCAAGCCUACCCAUUCUGAUUCGGUGUAUUGUACUCUACCCCAAUUGUCUGGCAUUUCUAAUCCAGCACAGGCUAACACAGGCCAUCCUGAACAAAUGGGGAAGAAGUUAGCGUUGAACUUUUACCCCAAGAAGCAUGACUCUGCAAUUUCUAUUGGUCACUGUGAAACUUAUAAGGGUAAAGAGUUUGACUUUCGAGUAACUUCUGCAGAAUCCCGAAAUUCUGAUGCCCACACUUCCAAAGCCCACAAGGAAAUAGAUUCUCCUGAUGAGAGAUUACAGCAAACAGACACUAAUGGUUCUUGGUGUUUGUCAGCUUCUCCACGUACGCAUAAAAUGCUUGGGAUGGAUGGUUACAUCCACGAAACUUAUUAUGAAGGUGAAAUUUCCUUAUCUGCUGACAAACCUGUGGGCAUAGAUGCAACGACUGACAAAAGUUAUCCACAGAAUGAAGAUUGUGGUGGUGGAAAACAGGGUUGCAUUACUGGCUUGGUUGUUGAUGUGGAGGCAAAACCUGUGGAGUUGAUUGGCAUGACCUUCUGCAAGAAACCCCCAACGGCAGAUUGGAAUGAUGGAGCAACUGAAAAUGUUACACAUUUACCUACUACCCAACAUUCUCCUUCUCUUUUUAAUGAGGAAAAUUGUCAAGGAACAUCAGGGAGAGCUUUGGAUGAGGUUCUCCCAUUUUUCUCAAGGGGGUGCGAAGAAGAGAAGGAAGUUCAAAACAAGUGCCUAGGAAAUAACAACUCUAAUUUUCAUCAGGAAGCUGCGUUGGGAGUCCCUAUUCACUAUCAAAAUGAUGGCUCUUUCUUGUACCUGUUAACGCCUGUAUCUUCACCCCCUUCUCCAGAUUCUGUAUAUAGGUGGCUGUCAUGUGAUGAAGAAGGAAGUCAUAGACAGAGUAAUGCAGUAUCAGCAGAGUCUCCAUCUUUAACAGGCUCUACCGAGUGUCUGAUUGCUUCAGAAAACUCUUCUCCUGUUAAUUGUAAUGAGGCUUUGACCAAAUCUAGUUCUAAAUAUCACAUGACAUCAAUGUUGGAACAAGGGCAUCCAGAGAAGAAUAUGGUCCUUGGUUCAGAAGUGAAGUCUUGCAGUAAUGAGUCGAGAACACCCUGUCAAAGUGAGGAAAAUAUUAGGACAGUCAAUGCAUGUGCUGAUGGCUCACAGGAUAUGUCUCAGAUAUCAGGCCCAGAUGGAAAAUCCAGGCCCACUCCACUAAGUCAAAUAGGAUUUCGUGAUCCUGCAAGUGUUGGUGCUGGGCAACAGCUUACAUUGUUAAGCUUGGAGGUUCACACAGAAUCUAGAGGAGACCUUCGACCUGAUCCUCGAUUCGACGCUGUCAAUGUUGUAGCUCUAGCAAUUCAGAAUGACAAUGAUUCUGAAACUGAAGUUCAUGUGCUGUUGUAUAGUAAAACUGGAUUCUAUCAGAGGAAUCUUGAUGGAAUAUUUGGGCUUAAGGUUUUUGUUUUCUCUGAGGAGAAGCACUUAUUUGGUCAGUUUAUGAAGAUUUUAUGUUCUCUUGAUCCUGAUAUUUUAAUGGGUUGGGAUGUGCAAGGUGGUUCUCUUGGUUUUCUAGCUGAAAGAGCUGCAUAUCUUGGUAUAGGAUUGCUUAACAAAAUAUCAAGGACACCAUCUGAAACCAAGAUAAAAGCUGAAGAAACUAAUAUUUCUCAAAAGGGUUCACAGGAAGAACUGCUGUCUAAGCCAUUGAUUGCUGAUUCUAUUGUGAUGGAAGAUGCAAUAAUAGAGGAUGAAUGGGGCCGAACUCAUGCCAGUGGUGUCCAUGUUGGUGGUAGAAUUGUCCUCAAUGUCUGGCGGUUAAUGCGUGGUGAGGUUAAACUUAACAUGUAUACAGUUGAAGCUGUAGCUGAAUCUGUUUUGAGGCAAAAAAUUCCAUCAAUUCCUUAUAAAGUAUUGACAAAAUGGUUUUCAAGCGGUCCUGCACAGGCAAGGUACAGAUGUGUUGAAUACGUGGUUGAAAGAGCAAAGCUGAAUCUGCAGAUAAUGAAUAAACUGGAUAUGAUAAAUCGAACAUCAGAACUUGCUCGUGUUUUUGGCAUCGACUUCUUUUCUGUCCUCUCUCGAGGUUCACAGUUUCGUGUUGAAUCCAUGUUUCUGAGGUUGGCACAUACACAGAAUUAUCUUGCUAUUUCUCCUGGAAACCAACAGGUUGCUUCUCAACCUGCAAUGGAGUGUUUGCCUCUUGUGAUGGAACCUGAAUCUGGUUUCUAUGCAGAUCCAGUUGUUGUGUUGGACUUUCAGUCUCUUUAUCCAUCCAUGAUAAUUGCUUACAACCUUUGCUUUUGCACAUGCCUUGGAAAAAUUGCAAAUUCUAAAGUAAAUACCCUUGGGGUUAGUUCAUAUGCACCAGAUCCAAAUGUUUUGCGGAAUCUAAAAGAUCAAGUGCUGCUUACUCCAAAUGGUGUUAUGUAUGUGCCUUCAAAGGUACGCAAAGGAGUGCUGCCUAGAUUACUGGAGGAAAUUUUAUCAACUCGAAUAAUGGUGAAACAAGCAAUGAAGAAGUUGACUCCUUCACAGCAAGUUCUUCAGAGGAUAUUCAAUGCAAGACAGCUUGCUCUGAAGCUGAUAGCAAAUGUAACGUAUGGCUAUACUGCUGCUGGGUUUAGUGGUCGCAUGCCUUGUGCUGAGCUUGCGGACAGUAUUGUUCAAUGUGGUCGUAGUACACUUGAAAAAGCUAUUUCUUAUGUAAAUGCACAUGAAAAAUGGAGGGCUAAUGUUAUAUAUGGUGACACUGAUAGCAUGUUUGUCCUCCUUAAGGGGCGCACAGUUAAAGAAUCAUUCAAAAUAGGACAUGAGAUUGCAUCUGCAAUAACUGCAAUGAACCCAAAUCCAGUUACGUUGAAGAUGGAGAAAGUCUAUCACCCAUGUUUUCUCCUUACUAAGAAGCGCUAUGUUGGCUAUAGUUAUGAGAGCCCUGACCAAGUCAAACCUGUUUUUGAUGCUAAAGGCAUUGAGACAGUUCGCAGGGAUACUUGUGGUGCUGUUGCCAAGACAAUGGAACAGUCACUAAGACUCUUUUUUGAACAUCAGGAUAUACCAAAGGUUAAAGCAUAUUUGCAUCGUCAAUGGACAAGGAUUUUGUCUGGCAGGGUGUCUCUUCAGGAUUUUGUUUUUGCAAAAGAAGUUCGCUUAGGAACAUACAGUACAAAAGUAGGUUCACUCCCACCAGCAGCAAUUGUGGCAACUAAAGCGAUGAGAGCAGAUCUGAGGGCAGAACCACGCUAUGCAGAGCGAGUACCCUAUGUUGUAAUCCAUGGAGAGCCUGGGGCUCGCCUGGUUGACAUGGUGGUGGAUCCAUUGGAACUUUUAGCUAUUAAUUCCCCAUACAGAUUAAAUGAUUUGUACUACAUCAACAAACAGAUAAUCCCAGCACUGCAGAGGGUAUUUGGGCUAGUUGGUGCUGACUUGAACCGGUGGUUCUCAGAAAUGCCGCGCCUAGCCAGGGAAGCUUUUGGUAAAUGCGGUGUACAUGCUCUAAAUCCACAGCGGACUAGAAUUGAUUAUUAUUAUCUUUCAAAACACUGUAUACUCUGCGGUGACCUGGUCCAAGCAUCAGCCCAUCUAUGUGGUAAAUGUUCAGAAAACGAAACUGCAGCUGCAACAGCUAUUGUUGGGAGGACUUCAAAAUCAGAGAGAGAGAUGCAACACCUUGUCGCUAUAUGUCGGCACUGUGGGGGAGGGGACUGGCUUGUGGAGAGUGGGGUGAAGUGCAAUUCACUUGCGUGCUCGGUCUUCUACGAGAGACGUAAAGUUCAGAAGGAACUACAGGGUCUUUCUGCCGUUGCCACCGAUAAAGGCUUGUACCCGAAAUGUAUGUUUAACUCUUCCCUAACUCUCUUUGAACCCCGACGGAAAAAAAAAAUGGCACAAUCUCCAUUCACUCUCCUUCUCCUGAAACGCCUUUCUCUCUCUUCCAAAAUCCCCCUAAAACUCAACAACUUUUCUCCCUCUCCAAUUUUCACCACCACUAAAUCAAAGCCCUUCUCUUCUGCUUCACCGCAGCCGGCGGUCUCCACCACUCAAGACCCACCGAAACCAACCUCUCUCUCGGCUCGCAUGAGCUUCGUUUUUGACCAAAUUGAUCAAAUUGAAAGACAGAGACAACAACAAUCGGUCCAGUACGACGACACCCUCCAACGUAUCCGAGCUUGGCGCCAAUCAAAAAAGGAAGCUCAAGCAACCCAACAGCAAUUUCAACCCAAAGAACAAAGCCCAGAAUCUGGAAUUGCCAAAAAUGAUGCCAGUACUACUGACUUUACUUUGUCUGACUCGCCCGAGUUAACCGAGUCACGAAACGGGGAUGCCCUCCGGCGGAUUCGUGCUUGGAGGGAAUCGAAGCAUGUGGAGAACAAGGAAUGCUCAGAAGGUGAAACCGCUAAAAAUGAGGCUAACUCCAGUGUUUUUUGUACUGAUCCAGUGGCUGAGUUGGGCGAGUUGGAGAGGCAGAAGGGCAAUGAGGUGGAGUUGGUGCACCCAUGGCCGGAGUGGAUAGAGUUGAUGGAGAGAUUAGUGCAGCAGAAUUACUUUGAUCAUAAAAGGAGAGAUGAGGGAAAGAUGGUGGAAGAGUUGGGAUUUGACUUGAGUAAUGUUGUUGAGGAAGUUAAGGAUAAUGCUGGAAUUGAUUUUAAAGACUUCAGGACUGUGCAAACUGCUUGUCUUAAUUUUGGGAAGGACCGGUUUGAUAUAUUGAGGUCAUUGUCAAGACAGGAUGUCCAAAAUUUGGUUGGUUUUGGAUGCCCAAGUGCAGACAAGAAGGUGGUGUUCUCUGCAAAACUCUUGAGGAAACAUGUUCACCUCGAUGAAGGAGAUGUUUGUAGUUCCUGCAGUUUGAGGAAUUCUUGCGAGAGAGCAUAUCUUUUAACAAACAAAGAGGAUGAGGCACGAACUAUUGAUGUUAUGCGUGUCCUAUUGACCUAUGGUUUUCAUUCUAUGAAUGGGUCAGUCAUCAAUGAGUCUGUUAUUAAACAGAAGUCUGUAAAGAAUGUUGUUCGUAAGUUGCUUCAUGAGGUUGUAAAGUUGAGUGCUGUUCCUAUAGACCCAAAUCUUCCCCCUCCAGUGAUAAAGAAGCCUCCACCAAAAGUGAAGCAACCUCCACCUCCUCCGAAGAAACGAGUUGGGCGUGAUGACAUUGAGAUGAAAAAGGGGGAUUGGCUUUGUCCCAAGUGCGAUUUCAUGAAUUUUGCAAAGAAUACAGUCUGUCUACAGUGUGAUGCUAAGCGGCCUAAGAGACAGCUGCUUCCUGGGGAAUGGGAAUGCCCCGAGUGCAAUUUCUUAAAUUAUAGGAGAAAUAUGGCAUGUUUUCAUUGUGAUUGCAAGCGUCCACCUGAUGCGUUUUUGGAGAGUAAAGUACAAGAAAUGCAACCUGGUCCAAGAACAAGGUUGGAGAAGGUUGCCCACAGACCAGAGGUCUCUAAUGCCUGGAAUUUUGACUUUGAUGAUGAUGAAUCAGACGGGGCAGAUGUUGCUGCCUUUGAGUAUGCAGAUUCUCCAGUAAUGAGUGAAGCUUCUCCUUUGGACAACCAGACCCAUGGAGGGAAGUUUAGAGGGCUUGAAGAUGAUUUUGAUACAGCUGGCCGAUCCUCAAGGGUUCAUGAAAGAAAGUAUUCAGACAUAGAUAGCAGCAAACAUGGAAUGGGUUUUGAUGAUUUCGAUGAUGAAGAUGACAUUGACAGUUAUGAGAUAGACACUCAUCGAAAUAAUCCAAGGCAGAAAGCUUCUUACUCUGACAAUGAGGUGUUUUCUGAACCAGAAGAUAUCAAGGGCUCUAAUAAUAGUUCUCCUGCUCGUCGAGGGACAAGGUUUCCUUCUCAUAGUAAGUCAUCUAAGCACAUGCAUAAAAAUGUAGCUUUAUCAGGUUCUGAAGAUGAUGAGCUAGAUUUUGAUUCCGAUGAAGAGCUUUCAGUUCAUCCUAAAUGGAAAUCGAGUCAUGUAGCUGACUCAAAGCAUAGAGGUAGAGGUGCAUCAAAGGACUUAAGCUUUGGCUCAGACGAAGACCUUGAUUUGGAUUCCGAUGGUGAUGAUGGUUUUGGCAAUUUUAGAUCUAAAGGGAGGAGACAGGAGAAACGGAGUUAUGGUCGAGGCAAUUUUCAGAGAGGAGGAAGUUCCAAUUUUGAAGGUGGUUCCUUCUCUGAUUUAGAAGGUCCACAUUCCAGGAGAAAUGGGUCAAGAGGGAGUAAAACAGGAUCUGGCAGAAGAGGAAAUAAUGUUCGCCACCCUGGUGAUUAUAACUUCAGGAAAGAUUCACGAUCUUGGUCCAACACCAAGAUGGAUGAUGGAAGGAACUAUCCCGGUGAUCAUUUCGAUAAAUCAUAUCGAGGGUCUCGAGGUGAUAAAGGGAGGCUUCGAGAGGAUGACUAUAGGAGGCAGAGAAAGGAUAACAACAUGCAGAAAUUCAAGGGACCUAGGCAAUAUGGAGUAUUUGAAAAUAGGCGCCGUGGAAGAUCUCAUGAAUAUAGUAUAGGCAGUGAUGAUCCUAGUGAAUUUAGAAACAGUAGGCGUGUUAUUGAAAGAUAAGCUCAAAGCUGUGACAAUUUUCCUUUUCUCUUUCCAUAGCAAUCCCCAUAAAAAUUGUAUUUUUAUGCUUUUAAUUUAAUCAAAAAAUAUUUAUAUUUGUCGAACUGUCUGUGUAUAAUUGUUAAAAAAUAUUUAUUUCAUAACCAUGUAAAUAUUAUUGAUCAAAUACCACAUAAACAAGCUAAGUUAAUAGUGUUAAAAGCUAGACUAAGAUUAUAUACAAUUUGAAAAGUUCAAAUAUGCUGCAAAUUUAUAUUUUUUGUUUAGGUACUAACAGAUACAUAUGGGUUUCCUCCUCUUCACCAUUGGAGGUAUUAAUUGGACUGAAAUCAAUGCUAUUUAUGCCUUAACCCAUGUGAACUUCUCAAAAUCUUUCAGAAUCCGCAUGUCAAUAACAUGCGGGUUACCAUAGUCAUAAUGAUUCAGCCAAAGCUCGUGCCUUAAUUCUGUCAGGUUGAGUGCUUCAGGGCUCCUUUUUGACACAUGGAGGGGCCUGGCAGGUUCCAGAACUUCUCAACUUCCAAAUCGAAUGACAUGAUUUGUUCAUCUUCACCAUCAGUCUUCCAAUGCAGUAGUGAUCCAUUAACCAAUACUGGAAUCCCAUCCAUGUGAUGAUAUGAGGGCACUGUUCUUCCAAGAUCCUCCACGCAGAACACGAGCAGCAAUCGAAUUGUUCGUGCCAUAGUUACUUAUGGUUAAGAUCUCACACCCAAUCUCCAAAUUGUCGAUGUUUUCGAAAUUGGUAUUGCGAUAGAAACAUCGAACAACCAGGUACUCAGGCAACCGAAACCAACAGUACGUGGGGACCUGAACUGAGGUCGGAGCCCUUAGGCAGCUGAGCUCCAUGAAUUCUUGCUUGCUUGGGUUGCGAUCAUA